AGCCGCUAUCCUUAUCUGGAAAUGAAUGUUGAAACGCAGUGUGAAAAUUUUAUACUAUUAUAAAAUAAAUAAAAGCUACGAUACGUCUCUUAAAAAUGGUACUCCUCACCUCACACUGGGUGUUAGAUGGCAUUCUCAUCUUCUCGACUCUUCUGAUCAGUGCAUACCUGUUUGUAACUAGGAAAUAUAAAUACUGGGAAAAACGAGGUGUCCUGCAAUUUCCAACGACACCAUUCUUUGGAAACUUUAAAGACUGCCUUUUACUCAAACUAUCAGGUUCGGAAUAUCUUAGGCAACUGUACAAUAAAGGAAAGGGGUCACCUUACGUAGGAUUCUAUAUUUUUAACAAACCUUUCUUGCUUGCACGAGAUCCUGAACUUCUGAAGCAUAUCUUCGUGAAGGACUUCAACGUGUUCUGUAAUAGAUAUGUAUCGCCGAAUGUGAAGGACCGGCUUGGAUACGCGAACGUUGCCUUGAUAAAGAAUCCAAGCUGGAAGAUUCUAAGGUCCAAAUUGACGCCAAUUUUUUCUAAUGUAAAACUGAAGAAAAUGUUGGAUUUAAUGCUUGUUAUCGCUGAAGAUCUGGAUCGGUAUCUUGAGAAGGAAACUAUGGGUAAGUAUUCAUGCAGUGUAAGUACAUCGGCAAAUAUAUUUCUCUUCGACCCG